UGCACAUCCCCAUCUCCUUGUCCAGGUGGUGAAAGUCAAGCCCAAUGACAAGGACGCCAAGAUGAAGUACCAGGAGUGCAACAAGAUUGUGAGGCAGAAGGCCUUUGAGCGAGCCAUCGCUGGGGACGAGCACAAGCGUUCAGUUGUGGACUCCUUAGAUAUCGAGAGCAUGACCAUCGAGGACGAGUACAGCGGCCCUAAGCUCGAGAACGGCAAGGUGACCCUCACCUUCAUGCAGGAGCUCAUGCAGUGGUACAAAGAGCAGAAGAAGCUCCACAGGAAGUGCGCCUACCAGAUUUUGGUGCAAGUGAAGGAGAUCCUGUCCAAACUGACCACGCUGGUGGAGACCACACUCAAAGAGACAGAGAAGAUUACGGUCUGCGGGGACACCCACGGCCAGUUCUAUGACCUGCUGAACAUAUUUGAGCUCAAUGGUUUGCCUUCCGAGACCAACCCCUACAUAUUUAAUGGAGAUUUUGUGGACCGAGGCUCCUUCUCCGUGGAAGUGAUCCUCACCCUCUUUGGCUUCAAGCUGCUUUAUCCCGAACACUUCCACCUCCUCCGAGGGAACCACGAGACAGACAACAUGAACCAAAUCUACGGCUUUGAGGGGGAGGUGAAGGCCAAAUACACAGCCCAGAUGUUUGAGCUAUUCAGCGAGGUAUUUGAGUGGCUACCCCUGGCCCAGUGUAUCAACGGCAAGGUGCUGAUCAUGCACGGGGGGCUGUUCAGCGAGGACGGCGUCACCCUGGACGACAUCCGCAAGAUAGAGCGGAAUCGGCAGCCCCCGGAUUCUGGCCCAAUGUGCGAUUUACUGUGGUCAGAUCCACAGCCCCAGAACGGGCGCUCGGUCAGCAAGCGAGGCGUCAGCUGCCAGUUUGGACCAGACGUCACCAAAGCCUUUCUUGAGGAGAACCGGCUGGACUACAUCAUCCGUAGUCACGAGGUGAAGCCCGAGGGCUACGAGGUGACCCACGACGGCAAGUGUGUCACCGUCUUCUCGGCCCCCAACUACUGCGACCAGAUGGGCAACAAAGCCUCCUACAUCCACCUGCGGGGCUCCGACCUGCGGCCCCAGUUCCACCAGUUCACAGCAGUGCCUCACCCCAACGUCAAGCCCAUGGCCUACGCCAACACGUUGCUGCAGCUCGGGAUGAUGUGAGGGGCCGAGGGGCCUGGGCCCCGACCGGCCCCGACCCUGCCUGCGCCCGCCGGAGGCCGCCCGGCCCGGAAGUUGGAAAACGGAGACGUUCCACCUGCUUUUACUUUGUAAACUUUGUAUUUAUUCCCCCACUUUGGUUCGAGGGGUCUGUGUCCCCAGGACGAUGGGCAUUGGUGGGCCGGGGCUUCUGGGGGCUCGCUGCCCCUGGGCAUUCUGGGAGGAGGAGGCAGCGGUGAGAGCCGGGGAGGGAGGACGGGCAGGGCCAGGGGAGCUGCUCCAACCCCCUUCGUUUGCAUGGCUCUGCCCCUUCCCACCCCAUCACUGAAGCAAUAGGCCCCCCGGGGGCCAGGGGUCAGGGGUCCUCUCCGCUCCAUCCACCAAGGGCCCCAGGAGGGGCUGAGAGCCAGGCCCCCAGAGCCCCCCAAGCUAUUUUACUGUGUAAUUAAAUAUGUUAAAAUAAAGUCAUUAUUGUAAGCCCACCUGGCUGGGGAUGAAGCGAA